CGUCGUCAUCACCAACUUCUUCAUCAUCAUCAAUGUAAAUUCCCCAAAACAAACCUUUUUUUUUCCCUUUUCCUUUCUAUCUAACCUAGUCACACUGAUUCGUCCCUCUUUCCCUCUGCCCACUAUUUCUUAUUUUCAUUUACCCCGACGCUUGAUUCGAAUUCGUCUGCGAAUCGUCUCUCUCGUUUCUCUUUUUUUUUUGUUCUCUUCACCAUUUUCUUCGCAAUCUCGAAUUUAGAGACCCUUAAGACCCAUCCUUCUACCUAACGGCACCGACUGUCUGUUCUCCCUGGCCCAUCCUUCAAAGUUUUAAACCCCUUUUCCCCUAACUUUUUUUCUGUUUUUUUUUUUCCCGGGAAAAUUUUAUCUCUUUUUUUUUUCUCUGUCAUGAUCAUUUACUUGUUAGUAUGAUCCUUUAUUAGGUUUCGUUGGGGCCGAUCUCGCUUUUUCCUUUUUCUCUCCCUCUUCUCCUCGAAGACCCGAGUGAACCCUAGAAUCUCCACUUUCAAUUCGAUUGGUUCUGUAUCUUCAUCUUUACUCUCCAUGUCUAGGGUUUACUGGGUCAAGUUUUAGUAUCACUUAGAAUUGGUCUUUCUCUAUGACUCUAUACUUCCUCUUUCUUUCAAUUUCUUCCUCGUGAAAAAAAAGUUCCCCGUCUCUGGCUCUAAUCAUGGCGUAUCAUUCGAUUCCGGGCUCUGGGUUUCAUUACUCCAAUUCUCCUUUUGGUGAUACGACCUUUACCAAGGUCUUUGUGGGUGGCCUUGCUUGGGAGACUCAAAGCGAGGCUCUUCAUCGGCAUUUCGAACCGUAUGGUGAAAUCCUUGAGGCGGUCGUUAUUACCGAUAAGAACACUGGUCGAUCCAAAGGUUACGGCUUUGAUUCAGGUGACUUUCCGAGAUCCAGAGGCUGCUAGGAGAGCCUGUGUCGACCCAACGCCUAUAAUAGAUGGCAGACGUGCGAAUUGUAAUCUCGCUUCUCUUGGGAGACCUCGGCUUCCAAUGCAAUAUGCAGUGAUACCCAAUAUUCCUGGACGGAUAAGACCUGCUUCGCCAUAUGUUGGAAGUGUGCAGGGUCCUCGCGGUCCACUAUUUGGAAGCCAUCCGUAUCAGCAACCACCUGCUUAUGGCUACCAGCAAGGAGUGAUGUACCCUUACGGGGUUACACCUUAUGGACCUGAAUAUAUGUACUCACAGUCUCAGGGAUUAUAUGGUCCUUACAUGGGUCAACAAUACCUUCAGGUAUAUGGAGUACCUGGGGCACUUAACUCACCCGGCUAUCAAUUCGGGCAAUUGAGUCAGACUAUUCCCGGUGGUCACGGUUAUACACCGGUUCAGGGUUAUUCGGUUCCAGGAAGUCAUGUUCUGCAGCUUGGUGGGCACAGUGCCACUUCACCUAUGCCUGCUAUUCAAUCUCCAUACCCUUCGGCUUCAGCUCCAAUGCAGCCACGUAUCAUUGUGCAGACUCCUCAGUAUAUGCAGAGUAGCGGUUCUGAUCAAACAACAGGGUGAAAAUUUUAUCAAUGUAAUAAUCCUUGAGGACUGCAGAAAAGGGAAAGACGUUAAAGGACAGCGGAAAUGCUACUCUGAGUAGUGGCAAGCUUCCUGUUUAAGCUUUGCGCAUUAUUUUUUUUUGCAUUCUAGAGGUCAUAAGUAGUCUUGCUCACUGAAGAAGUAAAAAAGGGUUGUUCUUGGGAAAGCGGAUUUUAAGGCAAAGGGCAAUGGAAGUUACAGGGUUUGUGCUUCUGUUAUCUUAGCGCCUCUCAUCAUGUGUAUAGCCACUACAAGCUCGCUGGCUGAAACUAUAUAUUCUUAAUGGUUUUACCCGGAAACAGGGGUUUUUGCGGUAAAUCGUUAGGAAUAAGUUUGGUGUACAAAGAAAGUGCAUGUAUAUAAAACAACACAUACAGAUGCAUAUAGAAUGGUGGAAUCAAAAUAUGAUUCUUUUGGUAGUUUUAGUAGUCUUCUUACUAAACACUUUCUUAAGGCAUAGGAG